CCUUGGUCUUUACAUAUUGAAGCCUUAACGAGCUCUUAUUGACGUCCCGUUUGUGGGGUUGACUAUGAAAAUCUGCCUCUUCUGGGACGUUCAAGGAGCCAGAUCCUCCACCUAGCCAUAGGAAAAAAGACAUGGGAAUGAGACCAGACGUUGACCAGGGGGCACGUUACGUCGGAGCUCCCCCACAGCACCCAGCUGUCAGUCAAAUCCAGGAACCGCGGUCUGUAGUAAAAUGCCUCCCUUCCCAUGUGGCAGGCAGCAUGUUCCCGGUAUCCCACUUCGCUUUUGAAUACCUCCGAUGUCUCCAGUCUAGAGUCUAGAUCGAAGUUCGUCUCGAGACUCGCUUCCCUCCCCUCUUUAGUAUCUCGGGUCCGCGACAAAGAAGCGAAAUAGCACGACCGCUUUGCGAAGCGAAGUCCAUAGGUUCGACCGACCUACGCCCAAGAUGGCGGCCUCUAUGACGGGGGAGCAGAUCCAGGCCUUUGCCUACCAGCUUGAGCCCCUUGCCCCCAAGGGCCUGGCGCCUGCCGUAGAGUUCGUCGCCAUUAUCUUGGGCAUCAUCAGCGUCAUCGUCGUUUCGCUUCGAAUCUAUGUUCGCGCUGGUUUAUCAGGGGCUUCAUCACGGCUCUGGGGCGUAGAAGAUUAUUUGGCAGUGAUAGGAACUCUUCCUUUCAUACCAACAGUGGUUUUCGCCGUCCUCGCGUCACGCUAUGGCGUUGGGUUCCACGAUGCCGACCUCCCAUCGCAACUAUAUUUGAUUCGUGCCUCCGAGUACCAGACCUACUGGGAAGUGCUAUAUUUCAUCUCGUCAACUAUCAUCAAGUGCGCUAUUGGGUUCACAUGUAUACGCCUGGAUAGACGGAAGCGAGUGGUCAUCUGCAUGAUACUCAAUAUGUCCGUGAUGGUGGUUGUAGCCAUCUUGGCUUUGAUCUUUGUCUUUGCAAACUGCACCCCGCUUGCAGCAACAUGGAAUCCUGCAUUGGGAUCGUGCCAAAAGAAGAUCAGCUUGCAGACUGUCAGCUAUAUCGUCUCUGCGAUUCAGAUGUUGACGGACUGGACGUGUGCUAUUGUUCCAUUCUUCAUCGUGGCAGGACUUCAGAUGUCUCGCCGUAAGAAGGUGUCUGUCAUAGCCAUUCUCGGCCUCGGAAUCUUUGCUAGUAUUGCUACUUGCAUCCGCAUGCCCUACCUCAAGUACUACGACACUACCAAAUAUCCUACUGAGAUUGCCUAUCACCUUGGAGUCAUCAGCAUUACUUCCAACCUUGAGUGUAGUUUGGGGAUCAUUGGGUCGUCUCUACCCCCUCUCCGAAAACUGUUCAAGUUCUACUACGGCUCAUCUCACGAUGGGAACUACAAGAUCACCGGCGAGAGCGGAGACGCCCUCGGCAGUGCUGGCCCAGGUAUCAAGCUUGGCUCACUCAGCGGCAACGACAGAACGUAUCAUGCAUCAGCCAAACGGGGUACCUCACGUUCGGGUGCCAGGGAACAUGAGACCGACGACGACGACUCGUCGAGUCGAAAAGGGAUCAUACGAAAGACUGAUAUCCAUGUCAGCACAUCCACAUUCCAUGUAUAGUGUAAUGAAGCGUCAAUUGCUCACACACACCGACAUGUGCGUGGAAGUUGAUUCGCAUGUAUUUUUAUAGAAGAAAAAGUAGCAUUCAAGCCUUUGAGCGUUUUCACAUGUC